AUGUCGGCCGAUGACCAGCAUUUUGUAAACGUCGUGCUCGCGCACGUUCCGCCCCAGCUGCGGCAGUAUUCCACCGAGGUUGCUGAAUACAUAGAUGGAAACGUCGAGCGAGCGGCCAGCAUUGUUCGCGAGACGCUGUCCCAUGCAAACUGGCUCCCGGAUUCCAUCAGGCCUACCCCCCCGCCAAGACCAUCGGUCGCCUUGGUGUCCAUGACACGGCUCGAGAGAUUGCAAGAUUGGGUGGCCCGUCACAAAGUCAUCACCGGCGUCGUCGUCGUUGCGUGUGGUGUGGCGCUGGUCAAGGGAUACCGGACCGGCCGCUCUCUGAGAAAGACCAGGAGAGCCAGGCGGGCGAGAAACGGCGGCCGCGCCGAGGUGGUGGUGGUUGCUGGGUCGCCGACGCUGCCCCUGACCAAGUCGCUGUCUCUGGACUUGGAAAGGCGCGGCUUCAUCGUGUACAUUGUGUGCGGCGUCACGGAAGAUGAGGCCGUGGUACGUGGGCUUUCAAGGCCCGAUAUUCGACCUCUGAGCAUCGAUACAACAAAUCCCCCGCAGGCCGGCGCGGCCAUCGAACGCUUCGCAGCCUACUUGCUAUCCCCUCAAGCUCCGGGACCUCACAUCAGACCGAACCACCUGACUCUCAAAUCAGUCAUCCUCAUCCCCAGCCUGCACUACCAAAUAUCGCCCAUUGCCACAAUUCCUCCGUCGAGCUUCGCCGACCUCUUCAACACGCACCUUCUUCAGCCCAUCCUGACUAUCCAGGCGUUUCUGCCGCUUCUCACGUCGCGCCUGCAACCCAUGGGCGAGAAAUGGAUCCCGCCCAAGGUUCUCGUCUUCACGCCCUCCAUCAUAUCGUCCAUCAACCCACCGUUCCACGCCCCCGAGGCCACCGUCUGCUCGGCUCUGGCAGCCUUCACCGAGGUUCUGACGGCCGAGCUGCGGCCUCUCGACAUCCCCGUCACGCACGUGCAGCUGGGGACGUUUGACUUUUCUGGCUUCGUGCCCGCCAGGGUGUCGGUGCCCGGGCAAGGCCUGGUGCAUGCCGGGAACCCCCAGGAGCCACUGGUCUGGCCCGACGGCGCACGGCACGCUUACGGACGCAACUUUGUCGCCCAAACCAGCUCGGCCAUCUCCGGCGGACGCAUCCGCGGUCUCAGGGGAAGCUCUCUGCGCCGCCUGCACCACACGGUCUUCGACGUCAUCGACGGCUCCAUCUCGGGCGGCUCCGUCAGGGUUGGUCUCGGCGCCAGCGUCUACGGGUUCGUUGGGCGCUGGGCUCCGCGCGGCCUGGUCUCGUGGAUCAUGGGCAUCCGCAAGGUGGACGAGCUGUCUGCGUGGAAGACGAGCUCCUACGAGGGAUCCGAGCGGGACGAGAGCGAAGACGGCGAGGGAGCGGCUUCGUCGUCAAACGAGUUUGUUGCCGUGGCAUCCGAGAGCAACGUUUGGAGCGCCGCCGACGCCACUGAGAGCUAG